GACAUCUUGUUUGUGUUGAAGAGAACCUUAUACCUGCCGGUAUCUUUGACAAAUUUAAUCUCAUCCUCUAGCUUCUUUUCUUCUUCUUUCUUUGUUUGAAGUUUAGGCAUUCAAAGGGAUUGAAUCAAAGGCGAAAAGAUUUCAGACCAGAUCUGAGCCUAUCGAUUCACCCAUGGAAGAUUGUUCAUCUUCUCAAUACCUAAGGUUUGACAUCAUGCCUGAAUCUCCAUUCGCUGAGAUAAAUUUUCGUAAACAAGCUGAUGAGAAUGUGAAGGAAAAAUCUUUGGAAACUGAUUCUUGUAAAGUAUUUAAUGAUGACGAAGGGUUUACUUCAAAGGCGAAAACGGAGGCAGGAAAGGAAAAGAGGUACAUAGGGGUAAGGAAGCGGCCCUGGGGAAAGUAUGCAGCGGAGAUACGUGAUUCCACGAGGCAAGGAGUGCGUGUAUGGCUCGGAACAUUUACUACUGCAGAGGAGGCUGCUUUGGCUUAUGACCAAGCUGCAUUUGUGAUGCGAGGCCCAUCGGCUCGCCUCAACUUUUAUCCUGAAAGUGUAUGCGAAUCGCUUCAUCAGAAUGGUGGUGAGUCCUCCUCUUCCUCCUCCAACUGCACCUGCACCUCCUCUUCAUCUCCAGCUGCGGCACUGAAAGAGAGAAACAAGAUGAGAAUGAAGUUGCUGACAAGUAGGAGGAGGAGGAAUAAUGAAAAAGAAGGAAUAGUAGUGAAGCCUGGAGCAAAUAUGUCAAUAUUUGAAUUUGAGGAUCUAGGAGCUGAACUCUUAGAUGAGCUCUUAAGCUCAUCUGAGAGAGCUUCUCAUAGUACUUGAUUCAAUUUACACCAUUUUCAUCACCCUCUCUAUUAUGUACUUUCAUAUCUUGCUCAUCAUCUAUAUGAAUUUUGGAUAUUCACAUUCAUGAUUGAUUAUUUACUCUCUCAUCUACCUAAAA